AUGCCUUCGGACCCAGGCGACCCUCGCGACUACGAGGACGAAAGUGAGCGGUGGCGCAUCCGGGCAAUUCAUACACUACGCACGGAGCUGCGAACGAAGGUUUAUGCCGCUUGCGAUUGGGAUCGUCCUAGGAACUAUGCAGGUGACGACCCUAUGGAUCCUGUCAUUGACUACGAGGCCCUGAAGGGCAAGCUGUCUUGCGUCUUCCAUCUCAAGUAUGGCGGGCAAUAUGGCGAGAACCUUGACUGGCCUUGGGAGGCGCACGCCCCCUUCAACUGGGCCCCGCAUGACGCGGUACAUGCUCAGGUCGCGGCGGGGGAUGAGGUUUAUCAGCGGUUUCUUGCCGCGGGUGGAGAUCCUGUGCCUCAGCCCACCAGAUGCUAUGUAGAGAUAGACGAGUAG